GGAGGGUUUCGCGAGGCGGAGAGGGUUGGUUGCCCAGAAAAAGAAUGGGAAGAUCAGAUCUCGAGGACCCUGCAUGAGCCCUGACCAUCGGUGUGUUUUGAUCGGUUGGAAUCCACACCUGGCCCUCCCAGGAAUCUUGUCGCGCGCACCAGCAUCUUUCUUCGUGUAUAGGAACCCGGCCAGUUAGCUACACUCUGUAGCAAUCACGAAAGGAUUUGGAAUUGCUGCCGCCACAAGUUCUGCUCAUGCCGACUCGGGCGUUGGAUGCCGGCACCGAGGGGGCUGGAAAACUGCUUAGCUUCAUGGGUGGUGAAAGGCUUGGCGAUCGACAGUUAAGAACGGGGGGUUAUUGGAGUAAUGGGCUUCUGCUGAAAGCGGUGCGUCGACGACACCGAAUUGUUAGGCCCCUGGGCCCUGUAACACCGAACAGUUAGCUGACUAGCAGGGGUUAUAAAAUAGUAGUCUGGGGAGGGCUAGGGGGUGAGAUGGCGUGUGUCCCAGCAGCUCCGGCCACAGCAGGGGUACAAGCCGUGCCUCUCCGCCCCCCGUGCUCUCCCAAUCCUCGACAGGACCCUUCCCCGUGCGGUGGUCGGCGAUAUUGCUUAUUGUUGGGAGCCUUCCCAUCAUCUCAAAACAAAACAGAUCUGGAAACCACCCAGAAAGAAAUUUUCAUCAGAACCAUCCCUCUUCAGGUUUCCUUCCUCGUCGCUAGUCAGGUCAACAUCAGGCAGCAAAAUGAGCGCCACCACAGCUGCGGCGGUGUCGUGCGUUGAGUGCCAAAGACGAAAGCAAAAGUGCAACAAACAGUUCCCCUGCAAUCAUUGCCUGAAGCGAGGAGUCUCGCACCUCUGCCGCUUUUUAUCCAAAGGGGUCGGUUCCAAGUCAAGCAAAGAGGAUACUGUUCUCAGCGACAACCAGCUAAGAACAUCGAAGAAGCGGAGUUCAGACAGCCCAGACUACGGUGACGCUUUUGACGGAGACGCAGACUUUGACAAUCAAAACUCUGCGGCUGAAGUCAGCGAUGCUCUGAAUGCCCUCGGUUACAUGCCUCAUGACCAUCAUCUGGUCCUUGGCAAUGGAAGCGGCCCCAAACCAGGUAAGGAUGUUGUCGAGGAUGAAGCUGAGCCGUCCGAAGAACUCAAGGCUGCCCUUGAGUCCAUGCCUGCAAAGCCCUACACCGAUUGCCUUGUCGACAAUUGGCUCAACGGUGCCAACCACCACUACUAUGCCCUCUACCCGUCCGAGUUCCGAACCCAAUAUGAUGGCUGGUGGGCAACUCCGCCGAACAAGGUCUCGCCAGAGCUUACCAGCUUGAUUCUGCGUGUUUGUGCAUGCUCGCUGCAUUUCAUCAUCGAUGAUAGUGUCAAAGAAAGGCUCGAAACCGAACUGAAGGCCGACGCCGUGACAUUCGCCCAACGCAUGCACAACGCGGCCGACAAGCUCAGCACAAGCAUAGCGCCAGGAAAGGGUGGUCUGAUUCACGUCCAGCAGCUCUUUUUGACAGCGUUCUGGUACAAGUCGGCAGAGAAGUGGACCGAAGCAUGGCACGCCCUGAGCAGAGCGAUUCGUGCUGCCAACGAGAUUGGCUUGCACAAGGACUCUUUGUCUGAAGGUAUGUCCGAGUUUGACCGUGAGAUGAGAAGGCGUCUUUGGGGCGUCCUCUACAUGUGGGAUUUUGCCCUUGGCUCCAUGCUCUCACGCCCCCUCCUUGUCAACCAUGCCGAUUGCACUUUCGUAAUGCCAACUCUGGCCCUCGAAAUUGAUCCCGAGCGGCCCAACCAGCCGUCGCCCUUCCGUCAUAUGAAUUUGCAUUGCCAGCUGUGUCUUGCCAUGGCAGCCGAGUUUGCUCCUCGCGCCGAUGGAAAAGUGGAUGAGGCCGACCAGGCCAGAAGACUGCGCGAUGUCGUCUAUAAGUGGUAUGAGGAUCUUCCCAAAGAGUACUCACGCACGAAUCCCGACACCCAGUGGGAUGAGGAGUUUGAUUGGGUUGUCUUCCAGCGCCGGUAUCUCCAUCUGAUAGGAUACAUGUCUCUCUUCAGCCCAUUGAAGGCAUUCGUCACCCGAAAUUCUGGCAAGCCUCUGACGAAGCUUGAAUCCGAGCUGCGCGCGGCUGGUGUCCAAGCCGGCCUCGAUCUGAUGGAUGUGUCGUGGAGCUUCUUUGAGAACAUGGUUUCAGCCGGUGCAAAGUUCCACUAUGCCAUCUUUUGCAUCUUUGAUGCCACGACGGUCAUGUGCUCUGCUUUUGUCCACGAUGAGGCCCGCACUCUGCCACAGCGCGAGACGGUGCUCGAGGCUAUCAACAAGGGUCUCCACAUGCUCGAGGAGUCAUACGCCGAGUCCAAGACAACGGCAGCCCUGUAUCGUAUUCUCAAGGGCCUCAUCAUCAACCUGCCGCUCAGCCCUCAAGAAAAGGGAGUAAUCGGAGCUCCGAAACGCAGCAAGCGCACAAAUGCCAACCAGAUAGGCGACAGUACAGCUGCCGGCUCAUCGAACAAUGCGUUGGCUAGAAGAAUUCUUUCUGAUCGUAUCUCCGAGGGCGUAGCUCAAGGAUCGAACACCGAUGGGACACUGGUCGAAUCUCAGCUCGGCUCAAAUAGCUCUCAACUCGGUUCGAAUGGCUCGGUAUCGGUGGUGUCGUCGUCAUCGAACAACAUUCCUUCAUCCGAGGUUCCGUUGCGCUCAAACGCCCCCAUCCCGUCUGGGAAUGGACAGGUUUUCCAUGGCUAUCAGCCAAUGGAUAACCCACCACCUUCCAACGGCCAUGAUCACUUGAGCCAUAUGCAUGCACAAAACAUGCAGCCCUCGCCAUACUAUGGCACAGUCGACCAAUUCAUGCCCUCAAGCGCAGGCAUGGUCCCUUCGAAUGAAUAUCUGGUGACCGACAGCUUCGUACCCAACAGCGGCUUUGUGUCAUCGAAUGACCUCCAAUUCAGCAAUGACCAUCAUAUCUUCCACUCCGGGCCGCCUGACCCCCUUGGCUACACCCAGCCCGCGUGGGAACCGGCCCCUGAUGCCAAUCCAAACUUCGGUCUGCUCCAAGGAGCGAUCCAGGAGGUAUCGGAGGAUGCGGUGCCUGCUGUGCCCAGUGUGUUGGAGUAUUGGGACUGGCAGCAACUUGAUCUUGGAAACCCUGGGUAUUGGGGGAACCAACAGCCGCCACGGAUGUGA